AUGCAGCUAUCCACUUUCCUCCAACUUUUCUCUACCAGCCUUGUAGCUGCCCAAUUCGGAUCCACCCUCAGCGGUGGCAUGCCAAUAACAUGCGGAACUGGCUACACACCAUCCCUAAGUUGCGACACACCAAGCGAUAUGUGCUCCUGCACAUGUGGCAGCGGAGCCGUCUACCAGAAACCCGAGUCCUCACUCAACCCCGUUCCAGAACCGUUGGACUUUUCCUCCCCACAACGCCUCGCGACUAAACCCUGCACAGGCGACGUCCUCAUGCCCUGGAAACACAUUGAUGUGCGCCGUACAGCGGGUACGGUACAGGAUUCCAUGAUUGGAUCCAUCCCCAUCAACAACCCAGAGGACAGCAUUCUCCUCGUGGCUGAUGGCUCCCAUAGGUGCGAGCGGUUUGAGGUGUACGUUGAUGGCGUGUUGGUUGGAGAGACGUCGGGAGAAGGGCCCCGCGAUAACUACAAGUGCGAUGCUGUAGAGAAAUGUAUGAAGGAAGGGGCGGAUUUUGCUUAUUUCACUCUUCCACGAGGAGAACAUAAUAUUAGUACCAAAUGGGUAAAGACAACCGAUGCGUGCAAGGGCUGGCCCAAUGGCAUUGCCAAUAUUCAGACUUACAAGCCCUGCAAGUAG